GGCCCUUGCUGUGGUUGAGUUUGACACCCCUGGCGUACCAGAAUGGUAUACUGUAGUAAGAUGGCUGCCGUGUAGGGACGCCGGUGACUCCGCCUCGAGUCAUCUAGCCUCUCUUAUAUAUAUCUACGAUAGAUACGUCCUCUAUCCCGAGUUACGACAACUCCGCUUGUGUUGCCAUGCCGUAAAACACUUCGUCCGACCUGCCACUGAAGAGAGACAGAAGGCCUAAAGCUUAUCAAUUUCAUAGACGAUGAAAGUAGGGUUAUCAAAACGCACUUUGAUUUUAUAGACAGUAUUUACGUCUUUCUCACGAUGAUCAUUGAGAAUGUUGAAGCCUUGAAAUCAUGGCUGGCAAAACUUCUGGAGCCAAUGUGAGUAUUGAAUUGAAAUGACAUUUAGCUCUCAUGCUAUGUAGCCACGUUAGCUCCUGCUGUAGUCAGUCAGUGUGUGUGUUUGCCUCGGUAUCUGUGUGUGCGUGUGUGAGGGGUUUUGCUGGAACCUGAUGGCAGAUUCGUGCACGAGUUAGCGGACCACAUUGCCGCUAGCUGACUUUCCAUAACAGAGCGGGAUGGCAGGAUCUUUGUUUUUACUCCUGCUUUAGAAAUGAUUAGAAUCUAGAGGAAAGUUUGUCUGUUUCUGUUGGUAUUUUGGAGUCGUUUUGUCACUGUUUGGACUCACAAAAAUACCACUUUUCUCAGAUCUUUGUGGAAACAUCUACCUGCAACAGUUAGCCAACUCUUAUACUGUUAUUUCUGAUUUUAACACAGACUGUAACCAAACCUUGAACAUCUACAGACACUCAUGAGAAUGUUUUACAUUCAAAUGAACAUUGUUUGCAUACUGGGUUACCAUAGAAACAGUUUACCUCCCUCCUUUUUCUUCCUCUCUGUUUAGCAUGGUUUAAUUGAACAGUUUUGCAGUUACAAAGGAUGAGAAUGAACCUAUUGAUGAAUUUGUGUUUUAUUGUAAUGAUGCAGAGCGUGUAGGAGUGACUGUGUUUGUUGUUGUGCUGCAGACACCUCCUGUCUCACAUUUACAAUCAUGCUCCUACAAGUUCACUGCAGCACUUUGAGGAAAAAGAAGAAUACUUUUGCUUCACAUGGAGAAAAACCUUGUUGAAAAACAUUGGUUUUCAAAUCAUGCAUGUAGGGCUUGGCGAUAAAUCGAUAAUGAUAUAUUAGUGAUGGGCACGGCAGUUCUUUUAAGAUCUACUGAAUCACUAGAAUCAGUUCACUGAAAAGAUUCGUCCAAAAGAUUCCUUCACUGAAUCAUUCAGCACUUGGCGGAAGGAGCCUGCGACUCCGACCUCCUGAACUAAUACACGGCUGAACAGGUCAGGAUUCAGUUCAAUUCAUAGCUUCUGGGACCAGGAGAUAAGAGUGUUUGGCUGUGUUGCUUUGGCAAACAGGUUUGUAAAAAUGAAGUCAUGAUGUUUUAAGUUUACUGUCUGAUGGUAUGUUAUUUACCAGGUCUGCUCGGUAAGUUUGGGUCAGUGAGUGAUUGGUUCACUGAAUGUUUAGAAGAGUUCACACUGAACAUUCACCGUUCCCUCGCAAACCACUGCAAUGAUAGGAUGCGGCAGGUUUAAUGCACUACUUGUUACAUGCUGUGUCCUAUUGUAUGCAGGUUGUUGUGGUGGCAAUUUAGCAGUUAGUUUUGUCCGACAAAAAUGAUUCCAGAGAGUGUAGUUCAAUACGUGAUUCGUUUACCAAGUGAUUCAGGCGUCAGCGCAUGUGGUCCCUCGUUUGCCGGAUACUCAUCUGGCAUCUGCACUGCUGACAGCUCAACUGAAGUGAGAAACGAAUGAAUCACUUGAGGAAUCACUUAAGUUCACUUAAAAGAUUUGGUUCUUUUGAACAAAUCGUUCACAAACGACGCAACACUAUGAUAUAGAAACUGAAUUCCCUCAAUAUCAAUAUCAAUAUAAAACAUGGUCAAUAUGCUUUUCGAUAGUCGGCAUUCUGCCAUGUUUUGGUAGACUAUACGAAUAGCCAAUGAAAAGGGGAGUUGCUCCGGGUCCACUUCGCACUGAACCAAUCAUGUGCUGAAUUAGAACUAAGUAUCAAACAACUGCGUAGUAGCAGGCUGCAGCUACACGCAACCAUAGCACUUAAACACGUGAAGCCGACAGAGAAAAAAGAAAAUGAGUUCUACCCCCAACAAAAAUGCAGAUGAAGGCUCAACAGAUGACGACAUCGUCGACAACACUGGCAAGAAAACAUUUUAGUUUGUUUUUUUUAGGUCAGACAUGAUGUCGAGUACAUGUGCUCGUGAACUCAGGGAAUACCUCAAAUCUUUUUCACCACCUGAAGCAGUGCUACGCGGCAGAGCACGCGCAACGCAAAAGGUUACAAACCCUGAGUGGGGCAAGGCGCUCAAGCCGACCGUUCAGUCCGCUCACUCAAACGCAACGCCUUACGACAAAACGUUGAAGAGACACAAAGACCUCACAGACGCAGCAGCGAAUUGUAUUGCAAAAGACAUGCUACCAAUAAGCACUGUAUAUCAUUUUUAUAUGUUUAUAUAUAUCGAUAUCGACUGAUAAGAAAAAAUUGUAUAGUGAUAAACUUUUUCCCAUAUCGCCCAGCCCUACAUGCAUGUGAUAUUAAUAUCUUGUGGCGACUUCUACCAAAUUUGGUGGUUCACUUGUGAAAUAGAGACCUGUGUUUUGUCGCCUUUCCUGCUUUUGUUUGGAUAUGUAAUGUAAGGGAACGUUGUGUUGUAGAGUGAGUUAAGUUUUAUGCACUUGUGUUAUCCAUUUAUUUGUGUUCCUAGUUGUACAUUAGCUCAGUGUUGCCAAAGUGCCUUCCUGUUGCAGCCUGUCAAGGCAGUGCUAUAGCUGAAUGAGAGCGCUGCUACAGUAUGAACGGCUUUUAAAUAUGUUUCUUUUUUUUCUUUCUUUAUUUUACUUUUAAGGGUUUAGUGUUCAGAAGCUUCAUUUUUUUUCUUUUUGAUUUAUAGGUGUUUAAGGGCUUCACUUGUCUCCGGUUAGGGUUAGGGCACAAUUCUAGGAGAAUCUGAUACUGCAAUAAAUUUAGUUUUUGUUUUAUUGGAAUAGAAAAAUAUACAGCUAUUUUAAUUAUAGAAAAUGUGUUUUUUUAAGUGUAUCUAUAUGAUUAAAAGCUUGUCACAACUAAACAAAACAUUCUUAUUUUUACCACACUUACCUUUAGCAAAUCUGAUGUUACAUGGAAAGAGAAAAAUAUGAUGUUUAAUAGAAUCAAUAAGAAGUGUGGUCAAUAAACAAAUACUGAACGGUACAUAGAAGCUUAGAUAACUCAGACUUUCUAUUGUUUAUCUGUUAUUCUUCAUGAUUUACACAUUACAUGUGUUUGCAGUGUUUUUCUCCUUAUUUCAACAUGCCUCCAAAAAGCAGUUUUUCACCAUUAAAUCACCUCCAUUAAUCUGAGGUUUAGCUGACAGUUAACUAAAGCUUCAUUUGACUGUAUAUCAACAUAUUUUAAAAGCAUGGCCACAAUACUCUAACAGGUCAAAUGUAGAUGCUGUGAAGUGUUAGUAUGCAUAAAAACAAAUCCUAAUUAAUUCUGAUAGUUAAUAUUUUUGUGGUGUGUUGAUUGCAAAUGCUUUUAUUGGGAUGUUGAUGAAUUAGCAGUUUGUUGUUUGGCUCCAGUUUAGUUUGAUUUGGACAUUUCUGCACACACUGAUAGAUUGACAGUUGACCUCUCUUAGUUUAAUUUUAUGUAUAUUUGACUUGUCUCACUUCCCUGCUGUAAUCUCUUAUACUGUCCCGCCGACAUUGAAGUGACUAAACUCCCUCUCACCCGCAGAUGCGAUGCUGACCCCUCCGCAUUGGCCAACUAUGUGGUGGCUCUUGUGAAGAAAGACAAACCGGAGAAAGAGCUGAAAGCCCUCUGUGCGGAUCAGCUCGAUGUCUUUCUACAAAAAGGUAUAAACUCCACUCCACUCCAAGUUUCUCUCUUCUUGUUUUCAGUGAGUGCGUCACGCUGUGAGUUAUUGACCGCAGCUCUUUCUGGUCGAAAGGACUGAGCAAAAACAGUUCCCCUCCAGCAGAGAUUUCCAACAUUCAGCCGACUGUAUAUAUUUUUACUCACACUUUGCAUCCCACAGUAUUGACUGCUGAGUUGUUACACAAUCUGAUAAAAAAAUCGAUCAGCUUAAACAAUUUUAGGUGAGUGACAAACUGGACGACAACUUGACUGUUCAAGAAAUCUGACCAAGAGGCUUUCAUACUUAGCCGAACUGAUCUGUCUGAGCUAGGUUAAAAUGAUUAUAGAUUAGCAGAGAGAAAGAAAGAAAGAAAGAAUAAAAAAGAGAGAAAGAACUAUUAAAGAAAGAAAAAAUAAAAAAGAGAGAAAGAACAAUUAAAGAAAGAAAGAAUGAAAGAAAAGAGAGAAAGAACAAUUAAAGAAAGAAAGAAUGAAAGAAAAGAGAGAAAGAACAAUUAAAGAAAGAAAGAAUGAAAGAAAAGAGAGAAAGAACAAAAGAGAGAAAUCUAAAGAUAGAAAAAGAGAAAGAACUAAUGAAAGAAAGAAGAAAAAAUAAAGAAAAAAGAAAUUAAGAAAGAAAGGAAAGAAAAAAAGAGAAAAGGAAAGAGAAAAAGGAAAAAGAAUAAUAGGAGGGAAAAUGGAAAGAAGAAAAGAAAGAACGUAAAGAAAGAAUGAAUGAAAAAAAGGAAAGAAAUAAGAGAAAGAAUGAAUGAAAGGAAGAAAAAAGAGAAGAUAUGAAAGAAAGAAAGAAAAAAGAACAAAUUAAGAAAGAAAGAGAAAAGGAAAGAAAAAAGGAAAAAGAAUAAUAGGAGGGAAAAUGGAAAGAAGAGAAAGAAUGAAUGAAAGGAAGAAAAAAGAGAAGAUAUGGAAGAAAGAAAGAUAGAAAGAAAAAAGAGAAGAUAUGGAAAAAAGAGAGAAAUAAAGAAAAAGAAAGAAUGGAAGAAAUUAAAAGAGAAAGAAGGAAAAAGGGAAAGAAAAGAAAGAAAGUUUCUCUCUGUGUUGACUGUAGCGCCCCCUCUGGACAAAGUGGUUACCCUCAUAUUCUUGAUCAUUUUUAAAGUUUUAUUGAUUGACACAAAAAACCCUCCUGUUGUCAUUUCAUGUUAAAAUGUUUUACUUAUUAUCUGAUGCUUGUCAUUCUUGAAAACAGCCACCAGAGGGCAUGAUGCAUGUGUUGAAAAAGUCCCCAGUCUGUUAUGUUUUCAGACAUGGACAUCACAUUUCUGUGAUUGUGAAUUUAGAAAAUAAGAGGUUGUUCCAUGAGUGAGGAGCGAUUCACAGAUUGAAACAAAGCCGAUUGAUCCUCUCUCACAUGAUUCUUUGUGUCUUCACAGAGACGGUAGGAUUUGUUGAUAAGCUUUUUGAAUGUCUGACAACCAAGAACUACCUGGGAAAUCCCCCUGCUAAGGAGGUCCCCAAGGAGGAGGUCAAACCACCUGUAGUUAAACUUGAUGUUGUGGAGGUAAAAACAGUGAUUUACUGCAUUCAGACUUUGAGCUGGAAACUGUUUCAAUAAUAUCCUGUUGCAAAAGAAUUUAAAUAACGAAUGUGUUGUUAUAUUUCAUGUAUUUUAUGUUUCUUUCAAGGCUGAAACUCCAGAGGAGGAGAGAGAAAACAGGCGGAGGAGAAGUCCUCUGAGAAACCGCUCUGACUUCAAUGAGCCCAGGUACAGCUGAAACUUCAGGGACUCAGUCCAAGUCAGCUCCACGAUCGAAUUGGAGUUAUUUAAAUUUAUUAUUCUGAUAUCAGGGCUUGAUACAAACAUAAUUUUUUUAAGCGCACAUGUGACUCUUAAAACAAUUCACACACAUCUAUUUUUAGUCGCAAAUGUGGGUGAAACGGUCAGACUGUCAAGCCCUAAACUUGCUAAUCAAUCUUGGAAAAACUUCCUUCAUACAUGCACACAACUAUAGUUGCCAAAAAAAUUUAAAAAAUGGAAAGCCGACUGCAUCUCUUGUUUUUGUUCAGUUCCAUGUGAGCACAUUUGACCUUCUACCCCACAGGAGCCGAGAUGACAGGAGGCGAGAUGAGCGCAAGCGCCGCGACUUCGAUCGCCACGGGAAAAGCGGCAGCGACUCCCACCGAGAGCGGGAGCGCCACGAGCGCCGCAGGGGCAGCCCCCGCGGGAGGAGCUACAGCCGGAGCCGCAGCCGGAGCCGGAGCGGCAGUCGUGGAAAGAGCAGGGACAGGGAGCACAGAGGAGGCAGAGGUGAGACAGUCCCCCCCCACACACACACACACUACCUCACCUUGCUACACACAACCAAUGACAACAGCAGCAGCACAGGGGAGCAGACCCAGGAGUGUAGGAGUGUCUGAAGCCCGUAAGCAGAGAGUUAGUGAGGCAGAGAGGCAGUAGGAAAUAAACUGAAGGUGCUAAAACCGCAGCGCAGAUCUGGAUGUAGAGACAAUGUGGACGGCUUUACAAUCUCAUCAGUGGGGAUUCAACAACAGAGGCUGGAUUUGGCCUUAUUACCCACAAGGUUUAUCCACAUCAGAGUGACUUUCAUUUCUUCGAUGGUGUUUUUUUUUUCUCUACUAUGAUCCAGUCUUUAAACCUAUCUCUGUGUUUUUUUGUCUUCUGCAGACUUUAAAUCAAAGUUUGAGUCAGAACGGAAAGACACCGACUGCUACAACUCGUCAUCAUCCGGCUCCCAGCAGCAGCAGCAGCAGCACCCGUCACCUCUGCUCCCCCUGCCCACACCUCCGCACCCCUUCUCAUCGUCUUCAUCCGCGGGAGUCUCGGGCGUCUCUGUGGUGACACCGGCCCACCUGCCCGACAGCACGACAGACAGCUGGUCCGGCUACUACAGCGCCCAGAGGCAAGACGGCGCCGGCAAACCGUUCAGCAACAAGGGCAUUUCACUCAAACAGCGGUGCAGGGAUUACGAUGGUAGGAGCCUGUUUUCCUCUCUUUAAUGCUGUUUUGUGUGUUUUCAUUCAUGGUGAUAUGAUCUUUGAAAACUUUGCUGUGUUUAUCGUGUCAAGUCCCCAUGAGGGUCACUGAUUACCUUGUUUAGUCUCAUCACUAAUGACCACUGUUAAGCAGUCCCUCUCAUCUCUAGAGGGUUUAUACUUACCCACUGUCCCUGAUGUGUUCUGCUGUCUGUCACAGUGUUCAAUAACAGCCACCAGGGAAACUGUUUGGUAAUGAGACUGUUGGGUAAAUGCAUCCUCGGUUGGCCCUGAUGACUUUCUUGAUUUAUUUUCACUCUUCUGUUUUUUCCUCUGUCAUAUUUCUGUGAAAAAAUCCAACAUCUGAUCUGCUGAUUUUCUCCCCUCACUCAGAAAAGGGAUUCUGCGUCCGUGGCGACCUUUGUCCAUUUGACCACGGCAAUGACCCUCUCAUCGUGGAUGAUGUCAACUUGCCCAACAUGAUCCCCUUCCCGCCCCCACCUGUCAUGCCCCCCGCCGGCCUACCGAUGCCCCCGAUCACUGAGCCACCCCCUCCCCUCAGGAUGCCUUCGAUGCCACCCUAUGGGCAGCCACCACCACCAGGCGUCUUCCCCAUGACCGGUAAGUCAGACGGACAAAUGUCCAUAUACGGCAGCUAAUAAGCUACUGAAAUUGAUCUAUAUUCUGUUUGAUGGCUUGAUUGUUGUUUGGUUGAAAACCUCUUCUGUAAGUUUGACUCUCAGGAAUAUGUCACACAGUGUCCACACUAAACUUCUCAAAAGCUGGUUGUAGAAUUAUUUAUACAGAAGAAAUCUUAAUUUAUGUCAGUUUAUGUUUUCUAUAAUGGUAAUUAUUGUUCUUUGUGUAAAGCAUGUGUUAUGAUAGAGUAUAAGGGCAAAAUAAAAUAAAAAAGAAGACUUUGGGAUUAAAGUCGUUAAUUUACGAGUAUUAAGUCUAACUAACGAGAAUAAAGUCAUCAUGGAAUCAUUAUGAUACUUUUGAUAAUGUGGUGCUGAUGUGCUAAAAGAUAAAGUAUCUCCUUGUUUGAUGAAACCGAUAUUGGAGAACAUUUUCAUGAAGUGCUCCAUGGCUCUAAUUUCAACAACUGUCAUCGUAAACAACGGGUUAGAAUAUAAAGACUUUAUAACAACUUCACUCUCCUAAGUGAUUACUUUAUUCUUUAAAGUUAAUGACUUUAUUCUUGUUAGUGAUGACUUUAUUCUCAUAAGUAAUGACUUUAAUCUUGUUAGUAAUGACUUUAUUCUUGUUAGUAAUGACUUUAUUCUUGUUAGUAAUGACUUUAUUCUCAUUAGUAAUGACUUUAUUCUCAUUAGUAAUGACUUUAUUCUUGUUAGUAAUGACUUUAUUCUUGUUAGCGAUGACUUUAUUCUUGUUAGUGAUGACUUUAUUCUUGUUAGCAAUGACUUUAUUCUCAUUAUAAAUGACUUUAUUCUUGUUAGUAAUGACUUUAUUCUCAUUAGUAAUGACUUAAUUCUUGUUAGCAAUGACUUUAUUCUCAUUAGUAAUGACUUUAUUCUUGUUAGUAAUGACUUUAUUCUUGUUAGUGAUGACUUUAUUCUUGUUAGUAAUGACUUUAUUCUUGUUAGUGAUGACUUUUUUCUUGUUAGUAAUGACUUUAUUCUUGUUAGUAAUGACUUUAUUCUCGUUAGUGAUGACUUUAUUCUUGUUAGCAAUUACCUUAUUCUUGUUAGUAAUAACUUUAUUCUCAUUAGUUAUGACUUUAUUCUUGUUAGUAAUGACUUUAAUCUCGAAGUCCUUAUUUCUCUGAGGAAAAACUCUGCUAUGUCUCUCUUUAUACACCCUUCUCCUUUAUUCUAAUCUGAGGAGUUUCGACCUCAAUCUUUGAGUGUGAUUUAUACCUAAGUUUUAAAAAAUGCACGAUUUGAUGGUUUACGUGUUUUCUAGACUGAGUGUUUUGAUACAUAUUUCACCUAAAGAUUGGUGAAGAACUUCCUGUGUGUAUCAGCUGGUUUAUGUCAAUGACUUCAGUUUUAGUUUGGGUGAAUUUAACACAUUAAUCCUCAUUCGAUCUCUUCUUUUCAUCCAAAUGAUUAAAUUAAACUCUUGAUUAACUUUCCCGCUCACUAAAACUCUACUAAUUUCUUUGUUUUAUUGCUUAAGCUUGAGUUAAUAAGCAAACUAGGAUUUCAUCAGUAUAGUUCUUUUCCUGGUGUUUCUCUGCAGUGUAUUUGCAGCUGAACUAACCCCUGGUUUUUGCUUUUGUGUUUACGAGUGUUUUUAAAAAUCACAUAUGAAUUCAAUCAGUCUCUUCCAAAACCAUCUUUGUGGAUCGAUUAAAAUGAAAGUCGUGUGUUUAAAUCAGGGCCUUUCUGUCACUCCUGUAAUAUACCUGAGACAUCAGCUUGGGCUUGUGUCUCCCUCAGGACCCCCACUGAUAGCUACCAGUGGGAUUGACACCCCCAACCACCAAUCGGCAAUCACUUCCUCUCCUCCUAUCGGACCACCCGGGGUGGGGCUGCCGCCUACUCUUCCUCCUCCUCCUCCUCCACCUCCUCCUCCUCCCUCCUCGUCCUCAUCUGUGUCUCUUCGUCCCCAAUAUGUCCAGUCUGAAUGUAAGCAGCCAGGCUUUUCCUCUUCAGAUUGGGACUGUGAAUCUGCUUUCUUGUUCUCUGAUAUUUCUUUUUUUUUCUGCUUUUAAUGUUACUCAUGAUCAGACAGGACUCUCUGCCGUAAAUAAAGAAGUAGAAUCAGUAAAAAUUAAUGAGAGUUCGGCUGAUUUAGAGGGAUUUCAAGGACUUUGUUUAUUAUUUGUUUGAAGUUUGUUUGUACAGUGCCCAUCAUAAGUCAGUACACUCCCUAUUAAAAGUGAAGUAUUACUCAAUAUCUAGAUGAGCAAAAGUAUAAUUUCCAAAGCUUUGACAAAGCUGAGUUUAAGAUAAUAUUUUAUUUACCAUGAGAUGAAAAUAAUAUGAUAACUAAAAUUUAGCUUUUGUUUGCAAUCAAUGGUCUACAUUUGGGGGAGUAUUUUGUUGUAUAGUCUACCAUAGAAAAUGUUGAUUUUGAAAGGAAACUAAAUGUUUUCUGACAACUCUGAAGGGGUGUACUCAUUUCUGCUGAGCACUGUAGAGCAUGAAGUGCAUGAUUGAUUUUUUGUCACGCUGCAGUGACAGUUCUCGGCCAGAGGGUAGCGCUGUUCAUCAACCUCAGAAGAGACAAAGUAGCUCAAAAGCAAUCAACAUGAACUCUGCUGCUGUGUUUCAUUGUGCUGAGUGCUUUCGCUGUAAUUCAGCUUAUGAAUAAUUGUACAUUUCUACAGUAAAAGCUAAGUUAGUGUUUCUAUUUUCAGUCAAUUUCAAACUCCAGACUUUGUCCUGAUUUCAACCCUGAUACAGAAAUACAACUGUCUCAUUUUGUCUCAAUGGAACAGUAAACUUUGGUUUGGAACAAUCAUCGAAUGAUAACAUUUGAUUUGUUUUUAUUUUGAUUAAUUUACUUAAUUUGUGUUGAUAUAUUCAUGAAAUACGAGGGUGCUGAUGUUUGUCUGUUUUACUUUGUUUUAAAUUUAGAUAACUACGACCCAGAAGGAUACAACCCAGAAUCCCCUGGCCUGACGACGGCGGGUCGAAACACGUAUCGCCACUUCAUCCCGCGGGUGCAGACCCAGCGCUCCAACCUCAUAGGCCUCACUUCCAAUGAAGGACAGGGCUCCAGAGGUAGAACACUCUUCGAUUCUUCAACCUAACCUUUAAUAUAAAACAGGCUGGAACAAAGGAUAUCAAACAUUCAACUUUAAUUCAUAAGUAGAACGACCGACUCUUUACUCUGUCUUAGUGUGAGCCAACAUUGAGAAUCGCAAAGGUCUCAUCAUUCCUCUGUGUUUUUGUCUCUGUGUGGGUUUUCAAGCUGCCAACAUAGUGAUCCAGACAGAGCCUGUCACUGCGGCGAGCACUCCUGGAGGUAACGUGCCCCGCUUCAACGCGGAGCAGGACAACAGGAAGAGAACCAUGGGACCCAGUACAGCCGAGGGACCUGCAGCUAAAAAACCCUGGAUGGAGAAGUAAGGAGUCGAAGACACGCACAUUUGAAACAGUCCACUCCAAAAUAAGAUGUUCAAGUUUGAAAGCGAGAGUGACUUUUAAGAGACUCGGUUCACACAGUACAGUUCUGCGUCAGUUAGCACGACAAUAAGCAGUAAAUAGAAAACCAGAGGUCCUCUGUGUGUACUUUUUAGGGUUGUAAAAAGUCCGCCAUGAUUCCAUUUCAAACUUAAUAGAAAGUUUAAACGUUUAAACUGUAGGCUACACAGUGCGCCUGCGCGGCUACUUCUGAAGACUCAGGUGAAUGAUGAUUAACACAGGGUUUCCCCUACGUGCAAUUGAUCAUGGCGCAUCGCCACGGCUAAAUAAAAGCCGCCACACCUUAAAAAUGAGUUUUUUUCUUACGUGGCUCUACCUCAGACUCAUAUGUAUCAGUGUACAUGCGUGUGGCACACUGCGAAGUAUUUGCAUUCGCGAGUUAACGUCAGCAAUCUCACAGCUGAAUUGUUAACCUCCCCAUUUAUGAUUUACCAUUACACCAGUUACCGUUACAUAGUAGUACCUUAGGCUGUAAUCAACCAAAGAAAUUCUUAGUCAACUACAACCCUGAAAAUUUCAACCAAAAAUUGACUAAUCAGGGGCAGACCGACUGCAAACCCUUCUGCAACGGGGGACGACACGGCUCGGCGGAGUGAAAAUAUACUGACAUGGAUGGUAGAGGAGGACUCACAUGAAAGUUGAAACGCUCAAAAUUAAACUAUAAAUAUUCAGCAAACCAUCCGACGUUGUAUGAGUGGACGCUCUUUAAUGUUCCUGUCUCCAGCGGGUUGGGCGAAUCCAAAAUGGUGAAAACAAGGGGGGUGUUCUGAGACAGGCUGUUACCAUGUGAAACAGGGGUGCUCUGAAAACACCCCCACUAGCAUUUGGUACGUUCCUUCUGAUGAAAUUAACCAUAGACUGUAAAUUGACGCGAAAAAAAAUCGAGUCGACCAAUCAGAAUUUUGGUCGACUCGGCACACAUUGACCUAUAAGUCAACCAGUCAACUUACUUUCGGAGCAAAACAUCUUCUUUAUCUUCUCCAGUUUUUCUGCUUUUAUUAGUUAUCUUCAUUAACACACAUACCAUGAUAAACUUCAUCACAGUCUUCUUCUUCUUCUUUUUUCAGGCCAGGCUUUAACAACCAACAUAAAAGUAGCUUUCCUAAGAGGUAUCACUAUGUCAACACUAAACUGGAGGUGCGCAGAAUCCCACGGGAGCUCAACAACAUCACCAAGUUGAAUGAGCACUUCAGCAAGUUUGGAACCAUCGUCAACAUCCAGGUGAGGUGGCAAUCUUUGUAGUCAUCGAGGUACUUUAAACUGCGAGGCUUAAGCUCUUUCGAUCAGCCAAAAAGUUCUGCGUAUGUUGCAGUGGCAUUUUCUCGACAGAAGGUAGAAACCUUACGCAAUUUCACUCAAAGCAAACCUUGAUAAUCUACUCUCUUAUUCAGGUGGUGUUUGGUGGAGACCCAGAGGCAGCGUUGAUUCAGUACACAAAGAACGAAGAGGCCAGACGGGCCAUAUCCAGCAUCGAAGCCGUCUUAAACAACCGCUUCAUUCGAGUGUAUUGGCACCGCGAGCCAGGCACCAACGCCAUCGCACCUCAACAGCAGCAGGAUCAGAGCUUAGGGAGUCAGGCACCCGGGUCGGUGCCCAGCCAGGCGCAACAGCACAGCAGCAUGCAUAAGGUCAGCAUGCAGAGCUGAAACAAAGUCCUUUCGCCUUCUUCGCAUGUCUUACUUUAUUAGAUUAACCUUUUUUUCCUCUUUGACUGCAGGGAAUCAAGCAGCACAAUCCCGCUGCCUAUGUGUUGAACAAAACUCUUCAUAAGAAUCGCCUGACAGCGGGGGCUGGGGCGACAGCCACGACCAAGCCAGACGCCCUGAACCCAAACACAGACACUGCCACUGUAAGUUUUAGUCAUCUUGUUUUGUUAAUAUGAGCAAAGAAAGUUAUCUCCGUUACAUAAAAAGGAAAGAAUAGAGAGAACAGAGCCAACAGGGAGAGUCACUCAGCCGACACGAAGCUCUUUCUGAUUGCCUCAACGCCUCAAUCAGCCUCUCCUUCUGUCUUUUGCUUUUAGUUGGCGCCUGCACUGACAAACGCCCAGAAGGGCCCCUACUCUUCCUCAACCCUAAAGUCGUCAUCGAAGAGCCUUGGGAAAACGGCAAAAGUACUCGAAGCACAGGAAGUCCUCAAGAAGAAACAGGCACGUUGCUUAAUUUUUCAAUAUGUAUUUCGACUGGUACCAGAAUAGCAAAGUCAGGAUCAGCCACUGAGAGAUGACCACCAACAGCAAACAGUGUGUUAUCGGUCUCACUGAAUGUGUUUUAUUCAUCGCUUUUGUUCACUUAGGAGGCAUUAAAACUCCAGCAGGACAUGAGGAAGAAGAAGCAAGAGAUGUUGAAGACUCAAAUCGAGUGUCAGAAGGUAAGACUGGCUCGGUGACUCAAUCUUAGCUCAUCUUUCUGUUUAAAUUAUUGCACAUUUAGCUUAAGCGUUUCAGUUAUCGAGUCGGAAGUUGGCUACAUCUACGAAAGUUAUUUUAGGACUUGCCUUAUGUUCGGACAAGGCAAGCGCUAAAAUAACUUUCGUAGAUGUAGCCAUGUUGUUUCUGCCUCCGAUUUUGCUUUUUUCCAACUUGGUAACUGAAACGCUGGGAACUCGGGUCAUUUUCAGCUCAGACUUCUGACUUCCAAAGUACACACUGUUGUUAUGGUAACAUGGGCUCUGCAUGCUGGAUGGGGCGAUGCCGGAUAGAAGUGCCGGAGCGGAGUCUGGAAUGGACUGCUUGUAUCUGAGAUUUUAGAUGCACGCCAAUAUAACCCGAUAUUCGUUUUUCUGCUGCUGGUGUCCCUAUCCAAUAUUGAUAUUGGAUAUCGGUCCGAUAUAUCGGAGCGGGACAUCCCUAACAAAACCUAACAAGACAAAAAGUGAUAAGAUUUCAAAUUAUAAUCCUUGCUCAAAUAUUUUAUAUGGACGGGCUUUUGAAGCAGUUUUUUUAGCCAGGCCCUAAAACUUGCCUUGUUUCCAGCGAUUUUUUCUGUAUUUAAAUAUCCCCUGUUUUCUUUGGUUGGAGCUCAAAAUUGUAGAAAAGUAUCAUAUUCAUUAUUUUUAAUAUAACAGGUGGAUAGGAGAGGAUACAUGUGUCAAAAAUUGGUGGUAAACUCCAGCACGUCGCCAACUACAAAGCUGAAAAAGGGAAAAUUACAUGUUCAUCAUCAAAUAUGAUUUUUCUUUUUUUUUUAAAGGUCUGUUGACAUGCAUGUGUGUCUUUCUUAGGCCCUAAUAAACCGCCUUGAGAAGAACAGAGGGAUGAAACCUGAAGAGAGAGCCAACAUCAUGAAGACCCUAAAAGAGCUGACUGAGAAGAUCGCUCAGCUGCAGAAUGAAAUGAACCCGGCAUCCCAGGCCCCCGGUGCCAAACCCAACCACAGCCAGCCCAAGACCAAGACUGAUGUAAGACUGAUUUUACACAGAUACACUCAGAGGGAUGACUUCUUAUUAUUCACGCUUAAAAUUGAGCAAAAUGUUUUCUUCUUAUACCUGACUUGUCACCAGGCCCAGAAGGAACUGCUGGAUGCUGAGCUGGACUUUCACAAGAAGAUGAGCUCUGGAGAGGAUACGACAGACCUGAAGAGAAAACUGGGACAACUACAAGUGGAGGUAAAAGAUUUGAAAAAAGUCCCACAAUGAUCAGUAGGAUUAUUUAAAACCGGUUUCUUUUUGGAAAAGUACACAUGAAUAAGAAGUAUUAAUUAACUUAAAGUAGAAAAGAUGGACUGCUUGGUCGUCAAAGUUGAUAAAUCCAAAGUUACUUACAUUUAGGUCAACCACAGAUUAACAAUCAGAGUACAAAAAGGUCCAGUGGACAGUGAUAGCUUUUGUGCGUCAUCAGUCUUUUCUACAUUUGAGGACGUGACACCAGGAAAUUGUUCAGAGGAAGUUGACAGAUAAGACGCUGAACAAUAUCUGACUGUGAAUAAUGAGAGAAGAGAGAGUAAUAUUUAUUUAUCAAGUUUUUCUUGCUAAAUGGAUGAAAUCGGUUGGUAGCUGCGGACAAAGCCUGUAAAGCACAUUGAAACCAAAGAUAGGAAUAGGAAAUACCGAAAGACUCUUCGGUUCAAUUUUUUCAAAAAUGAGGAGGCGGUGACGGUCAUUCAAGAACAUACAAGCUUUACUUGGAGACAGUACAAAAAGUGGGCCUUGUCUCUGACGUCACCCAUUAGUUUCUGAGUAGGCGUUUCAAUACUCAGUGAUAGCGAUCAUAACAGGAAUGCUGACUCAACAUAAUAUACAGAUAACCUACAGAGGCGAAGAGGAAGAGCCGAGGUGGGCUUUUGGCCACAACAGGCCCACCUGUCUGUCAAAUCAGUUUCACCCCUGAUGAUGCAAAUGUGCGUACAACUCCUGGACUUACAGUCAGUGUGACUAAAGGAAGGACCACAACCAUUUUUAGACAAAGCUGUAAACAUGUCAAUAAAUUAGGUUUGUUGAAAUAUGUCAAUAACAGAGUUUCUGCAGCUUUUGCAACCAGAUGCAAGUGAAAACUCAAGAACUGCAGUUUUGUUGCUUUCAUUACAGUAUAAAAGAGUCUUACAUGGUUGGGAUUAUCAUGCAUAUUAGGGGUGGGUAUCACCAGUGGCCCCACAAUAUGCUAUUAUCACAAUACUUGGGCAACAAUACAACACUAUCAUGAUACUUGGGCCACGAUACAAUAUUGUCACGAUAGUUAGGCCAUGAUACGAUGUUAUCACAAUACAAUAUUGUCACAAUACUUGGGCCACGAUACAAUAUUAUCAUGAUACGAUAUUAUCCGGUACGGUAUUAUCACGAUACUUAGGCCACGAUACGAUAUUAUCACAAUACAAUAUUGUCACAAUACUUGGGCCACGAUACGAUAUUAUCAUGAUACUUGGGCCACGAUAUGAUAUUAUCACGAUACGAUAUUAUCACGACACUUGGGCCACAAUACGAUAUUAUUGUGAUACUUGGGCCACAAUAAGAUAUUAUCACAAUACUUGCGCCAAGAUACAAUAAUAUAGUAAUUUUUAACAUUCUUCAGUAUAGUGAGUAUUGCAAUUUCUACAAAUUUUUCAAUUUUUUAGCUAAUUCAGCAUUUAGCUUUCCUUUAUGUUUGCCUUAUUUACUUUGAUUUUUAUGUUUAUUUAGCAUAUCUUGCAAACUUCAUAUACAUUUGUUGUACUAACUUUUUCCUGUUCUAUGAAGUCACCUCUGCCAACCUCACCGGACAAACAGUUAACUUUAUUUUUCCAUUAUUAUAGAUUUGACUUCAUUUUAAUGAUUAAUUUGAAAAAAUGGAUACUUGAUAAAUGAGACAAUAUGAUAUAUCACCAGACAAAAUAUCGCAAUGCAAUGCUAUCGCGAUUUUUUUCUGAAGUAAUCCCAGAUGGGACUUUAGGGUGCUCUGGAUGGCCUCUUUAAAGAGUGUCACAAGAAUUCAGCGAGAUCAACAUGAGAUUUUCCCCAGUUCGAGACAUCACCAAACAGUGAAUCUCCUAAAAGUCGAAUUUGUCAUUUAUUAAAAGGAAAACAACUUUUUUUUGCAGGGCAACAGUGAAGGAGGCUUCUAGAAAGCUGGGUUCGAAUGCUAGGGGCCCCUAAAAUGAAUGUGUUAAGAACUAGUCGGGCUUUGAAUCAUGUAAAGCUGCUAAGAAGCUACCAGAGGGACAAUAUAAAGAUAAAAAUAUGAGCAGAAUAACCCCCUUUUUUAUGUCUUUUUUUGGGGGUUUUGUAAACAAGCUCUAAAGUUUAUGCAAGGCUACCUUCCUGCAGCACAAAUAAAGACCUAUAACUCAUCUCUCAUUCAAACAGACCGCACCCACAAGUACACUCAAGGUCGGCUGUGUCACCAGAUCAGCCUUACAAGAACACAGCUUUUGUUAGCAACACCCUGCCCAGCAUGUUUCAUUUCAUUUUUACUUGCUAUCUACCCCUUGUGGAUCCUAAAUUAUCUCGUCAUUAAAAAUGCAUACGUCUACCAUCCAUCCAAACGAGGCUGUCCUUCUGCACAUUAAACCGCAGCCACUUAAGAAAGCCCAGAGGAACCGCCACUAACGAAGCCAAAUAAGACGACGCCGGUCGUACGCUGAUGGAGCCCCGCCUCAUUAAAGUUUGAGAAAGUCGCAGGAUGACAAUUAGAGGGAGAAGUGAGGGAGGGACAAAUGGAUGAGAGAGAGAGAGAGGGAGAGAGAGAGUGGUUAGAAAGUCAUUUUAAAAAUGGAGGAGUGACAACUGAUGUUGAGAGGCAGAGAGGAGCGAACGAGCGAGGAAUGAUAAAGCACCGACGAAGAGGACGUGUAAUGUUCUCUCUCUCUACUUUGUGAGAAUUUGAUUUCACCGCUGCGCAAGAUUCACUUUCCUGCCUCUGUGGACGCCAGAUAAAUCAACACUAGAGUUCCUGGCAUGUUUGUUUUCCUGUAGAAAAGCAUCAAGACUCACAAUCUGUUUUCCACAUCUGCUCCUGAUGAUUUUUUUAACACAGCCAGGUGGCGUCCGUAUAGUUUUGUCAAUGUGCCUGUUUGUAUUCAUAACUCAAAACCUCCCUGUCUGUCUUCCCUCAGGCCACUCGGCUGGGACUCAUCCGGCCUCCAGGCGGUCGAGGUCGGGGUCGAGGCAAGAUGGCGGCGGAGCCCGGUUCGAUGCAUGUAGGGCGCGGAAGGGGCCGCAGCCGAGAUAUGAUGGGUCGCGGCGGAUCUGUGAACCGCAUGGUGGUGGACCACAGACCCAGAGCUCUGGCUAUUUUGGGCGUUACUCAGGAGGAGAAGGACGAGCUGAUGCCGCACUUUGUGGUGAGAAAUCUUGACUCUUCUUCGUGACUUGUUUUGUUUUUAUUUUCGUUUCAUGGGUCACACCAAAAACUGUCUGUUUUGUCUUUUCUCAGAAAUUUGGUGAGAUUGAGGACGUCCGUUACCAGGACGCCAACACGGUUGUUAUGACCUUUAAAACGAGGAGUGAAGCGGAGAAUGUAAGCCUUUCUCUCUAUCCAUAACUAAAUCGGUAAAAUACAUCAUAAUGAUAUAAUUUUGUAACGUAUUUCCCCUUUUUUUUUUUUGGUUUUCCAGGCAGCGAACCAAGGAGCCAAAUUCAAAGGUCGCGUUCUGCAGAUUUCCUGGUACAAGCCGAAGACGCCCUCUGUUACAACAGAGCCAGAAGAGGAAGAGGCUAAAGAUGAGGACAACACGGUACGACACAAAAAAAACACCAACAUUAAAGCACAAUACGCCAUCAUGUUUUAUGAAGAGUGACACCAAGCAAACCCAAAACCAGGGCUUGAGCUCCGUGGAAAGUGCAGAUCUGAAAUUUCCAAGCGGGCAAACUUUUUUUCUGAGUUCUGGUUAUAUUCACAGAUUCUACUUUCUGUUUCUUUCUGGUGCCUCUAAAUUUUUCACCACAGCUCCCAGUGGAAAAUCAGGGCAAGCCUCUCAGAACUAAGAGCAUCUCAGCCCUUUGAGUAAAACUGCAUUACUGUCAGGUGAAAUCCUCCUACUGUAAUUUCAUGUUAUGGGACGAGAGGCAUUUUUGGAGCCUCAGAAAUCAGCAGAGCAGAUGCUGUUCGCCUUUUUUAAUUACCUCAUGGAAAAGAAAAGACGUUUUCCACGAUAUUUAAACCAGUUUAACUCAUUCAGUGCCAGGUUCAUUUACGCGGUAUUCACCAAGUGCCACCAUUGACCGCAAUCGAAAUUUCUGUAUCUUUCAGGACCCACAGAAUAUCUUGUGCUUGGGCUAGAUUUAAGUGCAAUAUCUCAAAAGGAAGGGGUGAUUCUCUUCUUUCAUUAGAAUAAAAAAGUGAGUCUCUAACCCACUCCUGUGUUUGGUUAUUGCCUGCUCAAUGCAGCGUGGUCAUAUCAUAUUUGCCGAAAAAGAAACCUCGGAAAAACACAUUUUUACAAAGAAGAGACUUUCAAGCUACUUCUUCAAACUACUUUACCGGUGGCAUCAAGGUCCUCCCUUUCUCUGACACCUCUCCUCAUCACUCUCGAGAUCCCAAUGUGAUAGAUCGCUUUGUGAUGGCUGGGAGUCGUGUUAUUAGCUCUUGAGAACCUAAUGCCGUAAACCACACAGACUGCUUGCGUCCUUCUCGCCGGGACUGUCGCCGAGUUACGGUUCAGUCUGGCUCAGACCGAAAAUUGUUUCUUUGAUUGUCUGCUGACGAUGUGAAGGUCCAGUACCAGGAUCUCUACUGGCUCCAGAGACGGUAGCACCGCGCCCACAGGAGACCGUUAGCUCUUGGCUAAUGACUUCGGCAUUUUCCUACUCUCCUCAUAGAGAAAAACACUCCACAACUAGGCUAACUGGCACACUUGAUGGCACACUUCUCACUGGCGAGUACUUGGUUUUGUUAUUGUAACAUGGUUAUGACGUAUUUGUCGGCUUUUCUGCGCUCAGAACGACCCCAAACUCAAUCACAUGUUGGGGAGGAGCAUCCUCUGAUGGAAAACAAAAAAAGCUAAAAAAUCUGUCAAAAUCUGUCAAUGGUACUGAAUGAGUUAAAAACAUCAGUUUCAUUGCAUUGAUGCUCAAUGAGAUUUAUACAUUUUCUUUUCUUUUUCCUUUGAAACAGAAGGAAGCUAGCUCGUAUUUGCCCGGUGAAGAAGACGAAGAGGAGGAAGAGGAGGACGACGACGAAGACGACGAGUACGAGAGUCGAUCCUGGAGACGAUGAAGGCGUUGCGCUGCUCUGAUGAAGAAUCAGUCCUGAAUAAUUUCCCCACGUGCAGAAAUAAUCAAUACAAAAGAACUCACACUUUUUUUUUGUUUGUUUUAUUUUCCUUUCCAGUAUUUUCAAGCGAAGUAAUUUUACACUCGAAUCAAAGUGAAAGCCUCUUUACUUUCUUGUACAUGAAAAGAAGCUUUGAGGGGACGACAGUUUUUGUAACCCUCGACUAAACAGUUAUUUAAAACAUCUCACUUUUGCUGAGAAAGAUAAAUGUUAAGUUGUUCUUAUAGAUAGAAAAUCCUAUGUAAGUUUCCGUGUGCUUACCAGACGAUAAAUAUCAGUAAUGCACAACAUUUGUGUCUACUGUGAAUAGGUAUUUUUAUACAUACUGUAUUUAAGCUCUUCUCACCAGUUUUUUGAAAAAUCUCGUCCUCCGUUCAGGGACAGCCAUUCCUUCACUCACAGAGCGUCCUCUGUCGCUCCCGGAGAGAUACUUAUUUAUUUUUCCACUGCAUUAACGCACCACGCAGAACUUUUUUUGGCACAGUCUGGUGUGUUUUUCGUUUCACUUUGCUCUUAGAGUUUGUUUUGGUAUGAGUAAACCCUAAAAUGGAAAAGGAUCCAAACAUAUUUGACGUGGCGUGUCGUAUUCCUGAAUAAACAGGGCCAUCACUGAUACUGUACUCUGACCGUAUUUGAGCCUGGGCGGGUACAAGAAGAUACCAGUGCAAUAGAAAAAUCCAAACUGUGUUUACAGAUGGCCGUGUCCAUGCACGUCACAUACAGUCUCGUAGUAAAUAUCAAAUUCUCCCCUCUUGUAUUUUGUCGCUCACUAAAUGUCCGGUGCCACUCUGUGCAAAUCCAAACACCUGAAGAGGUGUUCGACAUUUCCUAAGAGUGUGAAACAUUUUUCACUUGUGUCAUUCUGUCUCCUUGACAUCUGACAACGAUCAGAUCACCCAUUUCAGAAAUGUGAGAUCUAAAGACAGGUGUUUGAAUGUAAAACUGAACAGUUGAUUUUAAUAUAUAUAUAAAUAUUUGAUUUCUUUGCCUUACACAAUCAGCGGAUGGCUGAAUUUUUACAAGAUUUGUGAUUUACUUUUGUAAAUUUUGUAAAUGCUUGAAAGAGGAAUUACUGUUGUGUUUUUUCAGUUUUUUUGUAAGUUUCUUUUUCUGAUAUUUUACACGAACGGCGAGUUUAUGUCUGAUAGGAAAAGUUCAAGCAAGAGUGCUUAGUGUCUCUGCUUGUUCAUAAGACUUUUGCUUGUUUUCGUCUAACCAGUCCACGCUGUGAUUUCACUGAACAAGUCAUGGUAGAAGCGCAUUUCUGUCAAAAUAAACGCAGAGAUGCGACAGGAGCGAUGCACCUCAGCAGAAUUUUAUGCGGUUGUGCAUUUAAACAUUGUCAGAAAAUGUGGGCCUUCUAUGACAAAACACGUUUCUCUUUCUUUUUUUUUUUGCCUUCUUUAAGUUCGCCGUUUUCUAGAAUCCUCAGGGUGGGAGGAAUCAGACUCAUGAAACUUCAAACAGACGUGUGCUCGAUGCAGGAAAAUAUUGUUUUCACAUUAAAUUCUCUCACUGACAGCUGUAACUGUGUUUACAUGCAGCCUGAUCAAGUGUUGUUUGACGUGUGCUUAUCCAAACUCAACUGAUCAUAUCCGGUUACCAGCCUGGACAAACAUGCAUGUAGAAAUGUAGAAAUCUGCACUCGAAGAUUUCUACCUGCGUGUGAAUUCUGUCACUCUUUCAGAAUUUCAACCACCUUUAGUCUCCUCCUGGUAUCCACAGUUUGAGGAUGCAGAAGUGUUAGGAACCCUGUAUGUGAUCUCCUCCCACCUGUCGUGUUGGUAGUGCUCUUGUUUGGAUUGCAUAUCUCACUGUUGAUUGGCGAAGCCCCCCCCCCUGCCAGUGACCUCGUUCUGCCAUUAAAGCUUUUUGGUCUUCACUAUCAUGGUGUUGGUCAAACUAAGGUGCCCAAGUUUUCCCGUCGGCACUCAGUGCUUUCUUUGGGAUGGUUUGCUCAUUUGAUGCUUUUUUCUUUAACAAGGUCACUGGCAGUCAUAAUGGACUUAUCCAUACUGGUGGGGUUCUUUGCCUGUGUAAGUGAGGAUUCAGGGAAGGUCACUCCCCCACUUUUUGUACUAUCUUCUGUAUGCUACUAUCACACAACAGUGUAGAAAUAUGUCAAAUGUUUAUUGAAUAAUAGUUUGGAAUUUGUUACUGUUUAUAUUUGCAGGAUGUGGAUGUAUUUUCUUCAUGUAUUUUGUUUGUAAAAAAAUGGAUUUCUAAUUUACUAGCAUGUUUGCUUUUGCCAAUAAAGAUGGAGGAAUGGGUGCUUGUUAAAAAAAAAAAAACAUCAGAGGAAGAGAGAAAAAAACAGAGAAAAGAGAAAAAAGAAAUUAAAGAAAAGAACAUUUUGAGUUACAGAAAGAAAUUUGACCAAAAAAGAGAGAAAGAACUGAGAUUGGCAAGGGGAAAAAAAAUCACGAGCAAAAGCAUUCCAGAAAAUAUAACCUGAAA